AGGUUAUGAUAAUCAUAACAACCCACCUCUCCUCUCAUCUAUUUGGAAUUGUUGUCAGCUACACAUUUCUCCUUUUACAAUCCAACUACGGGCCUUAAGUAAGCGUUUCAAAAAUGGUCGUCGAAGAUCUUAAGAAGGGCAAUAAGUCCAAAGUGUCUUCAGAAAAGGCUAAAAACCGCAUGCGUGAACUAAGGAUCCGCAAAUUAUGUUUAAAUAUUUGUGUUGGAGAGUCUGGUGACAAACUUACUCGUGCUGCUAAAGUAUUGGAACAGUUAACUGGCCAACAACCUGUAUUUUCCAAAGCUCGUUACACUGUACGUUCUUUUAGCAUCAGAAGAAAUGAAAAAAUUGCUGUACAUUGUACAGUCCGUGGUGCUAAAGCUGAAGAAAUCUUGGAACGUGGUUUAAAAGUUCGGGAAUAUGAAUUGAGGAGAGAUAAUUUUUCUGAUACUGGAAACUUUGGAUUUGGUAUUCAAGAACACAUUGAUUUAGGUAUCAAAUAUGAUCCUAGCAUUGGUAUCUAUGGUUUAGAUUUCUUUGUUGUUUUGGGACGCCAAGGUUUCAAUGUAGCUCACAGGAGAAGGAAACAAGGAAAAGUUGGUUUCCAACACAGAUUAACUAAAGAAGACGCAAUGAAAUGGUUCCAAACUAAAUAUGAUGGUAUCAUUUUAGCUGGAAAAAAGAACUAACAUUAUAAAACUUUUAAUAAACAUAUUGUUUUUCCAAA